AUGACUCGCCAAUCGUCGGCGAGCUUCGCACAAUUCUUUCCCACCGCACCGCGUGCAGCUCGGGACAGGGCUACGGAACGAGAAAGAGCCAAGGCAAAAACACAAGAUUCUCCUAGCGGCAUUUUUGGUGGCCAGAAGAACAACGGCAUACAGUCCAUCAACGGCACGAGCAUCGGAGCUUCAUCUGGUACUGAUGGCCUGCCUUCCGAUUCCUCUCAGCAGCCGACCGAUGGCCAUGAGUCGCCCUUAGGAGAUACACUCAACGCCAUUGGAUCUGCCAGCUCUUAUGCGAGCACUGGCUCUUCAGUCUUUAGCUCAUCUGCACGGCAAGCCGUUCCGAACGGCUCAUCGCUCAUACCUACAACCAGCGGCACGCCGCUCACCUCUAUAGAAUCACCCUCAUCCUUAGGCAAUGCUGGCCUGCCGAAGACGAAUAUGGUCCACACUCAAAUCAUCGAUCGGGAUGAGGCAUCGGUCUCUCGCAACACCCCGUUAUCCCGCCUGAAUAGCUCUCUCUCGGAGCCCUCACCCAUUGAGCGCAUUCCUGCGCGAGAUCCCUCACGAUCGCGAAAAGGCAUCAAAUGCAUAUAUGAUCCAUCUAACGACCGGAGCCUAUCGAAACAUAACAAGAAAGAUGCCAAGCCAAUAUAUAAGGACUUUGGAUUGGAAGAUGACGCUCCCCCUCCAGACCCUCGCCUUGCUAAAGGCGGGCGUUUGGGGUACAUCAAUACCGAUUUCCACCUUCCAAAGUCUCGCCUGCGUCAAUCACCAUACAAUCUGAGGCCGUAUCCGUACGAUUCCAAAACGUCAAUCGGUCCAGGGCCGCCCACGCAAAUUGUGGUGAUCGGGUUCAACCCACUCAUUACAUUUUCCAAAGUAACAGCUGCGUUUGCGACCUUUGGUGACAUUGCAGAGAGCAGCAACAAAAUGCAUCCUGAGACGGGCAGCUACCUUGGUUUCGCAACGUUUCGAUAUAAGGAUGCGCACCCCAGCCGCUCGAGGCCCACACCAAUCAAGGCCAUUGAUGCCGCACGUCGCGCUGUUAAGUCCAUGCACGGGCAGCGUAUUGAGGCGAAUCAGAUUCGGGUGGAAUACGACCCCGAGGGCAAGAAAAGUCGUCGCAUGCUAGAGGAAGCCCUCAAGAAAGAAAGAGCCUCAGAAGCUGCGAUGUCCACUGCGAAGCCGCCGCCAACGGGGCCGCGAGCUGUCUUGUCCGAUAAAGUCCCUGGGCCUCCGCCGCUUGCACCAAAAGGCCCUUCCUCUCACAGGCAGGCAGUAGCCGGUGUGCCCCCAUGGGUACCCAGUCAGCCAAAAGGGCACGUUGCGAUUGAAGAUAAGGCAAUUGCGAAGCAGCUUGCAGGCGAGCCAUAUGUGUUCGUAGCUCAUGAGCACGUUCCUGUCAUGGUCACAACCAUUCCGCAUAUGAAGAAGCGUCUCAAAGCGUUCGCUUUCGACGACAUUCGUAUUGACCGGACUGGUUACUUUAUAGUGUUUCCCAACUCACUGCACGGCCGUAAUGAGGCAAUGAAGUGUUACAGAGCUGCCAAUCAUACCGACCUGUUCACGUACAACAUGGUGAUGCAGCUCUAUCUUCCACAGACCUCUAGUCGAGACUCCGAGUCAGCAGCCCCUCCCCCCCGCUCAAGACGAACUCCGAGCCCCGAACGGAAACGUCGAACCGAUUUACGACUGAGAGAGGAUAAAGACCGACGUCGCCGUGAGGAGGAGGCCGAUAUAGAGGAGGAGAAGCGACAAAGAGCCAAGAACUUUGACCCUGUCAUGGAGGCUUGCGAUGUUGUCGCUCGAGAGUUGGCGGAACAUCUAAUCAAGCAUAUCCGAACGAGAGUUGCUGUUCCUACUCUUACGUCCUUUCUCAACCCUUCAAAUCAUGUUGCUAUGCGACGCAAGCUCAAUUUGGAAGAUCCAGCUGGUUCGGUCCCGUCUGUUACAGUGGACGCUGGCGACGAAAGCCCUGGUGUCGACACUCCAAACUCGGGUGCAGACCCUAUCGAGCGUCGCACUGGUCGGUUAGAAAUUUCAUCUCUACCUCGUAUCCGCAAGGCAAAAGCUACCGGCCAAGGGGCGCGUAAUAUCGGCUUCAUGGACCCCUUUUCACGCAAGCGAGCGUCGCAAGGCCGUGGUGCCUUCAGAUCAUUGCAUCAUCGUUUAAAGAGCUACGACAGUGAUGCUGAAUCCGACGAGGAGGUCGAAAUUAGAGAUGUGGCGCGGGAUACAGAAGAGCCUGAUUCUCGACCGCGUAGUCGUAUGAGUACGGAUGAUGAUGUUUCCAAGGACGACUUUGCCUCAUGGGGUCCUGCUGAGGAAGACUCUAUGACAGAGGCAAGCUUUGCCGUUGGUGAGGGAUUAACUUCGACGAAGAAAAGGAAAUUAGAUCUUGAGCUCCAGUCAGCCAUCAAACGCCAGAAGAAGUCCGACGAGGAGCUCUUUGGAGUCACACUGGACAACAUUCAACCCGAGCUGCCGGUUCAUGAGAUCUCUGAAGAUGCUGCCCUUGACAUCGACAUGACUGAUGUGCGAAGUGAGACUCGCUCUGAGACGCCCGCACUCUCAACAGCGAAGGGUCCAACGAAGAAGUCGAAAUCGAAGAAGAAAUCAAAGAAACAAAUUUUUGAGGAACGCGAAGCGCUGAAGAAGCAGCAAGCUCAAGCCCAAGCUGAAGCCGAAGCCGAGACGGAAGAGGAAGACUCGGCUGCCACGACAUCUCUACCAGAACCAGUUGAGCCAGUGCCUGUGGAGAAGAAAGAAGAAGAUCCUGUUCUUAAGCCAACAGUAGUGGACCCUACCUUGUUCUCGACUACGGUCACGUCAGCUCUUGAUCUGUCAUCUGACUUCAAGCUCGACAUCUCAGCUUUACAGGAAUUGUCGCUUUCUGCAGCUGAUAGUCCAGACGUUUCCCGGCUCAGGAAGCGGUUUGGUGGUGCAGAUCUUGGAGAUCCCCUUCUUUGGUUGUGGCGGCGUAACCGUGUACGGGAGCUCAACUCCCAGAAAGGAACUGUCGACCAGGCCGUUGGCAUCGAGGGCUACUACGUUCCGAACCCCACCGGAUCUGCAAGAACUGAAGGCGUCAAGAAGAUCCUUAACGCCGAAAAGUCCAAGUAUCUACCACAUCACAUCAAGGUCCAGAAGGCUAGAGAGGCACGGCAAGCACGGUACAAGAAAGAUGGCAAGGAUGCCGCAGUCGAGGCUAGCAGGCUCGCUGUUGCAGAAAAGGUCGUGGCCAAAGGUAACUCGAGGGCCAAUCGCGCCAAUAAUCGUCGACACGUGUCAGCUCUUCAGGAUGAGAAGAAGAUGUCUGGCGAUUCUGACGCCUUUAAGUUCAAUCAGCUUAAGAAGCGGAAGAAGCCGGUCAAGUUUGCACGGUCUGCCAUCCACAAUUGGGGUCUCUAUACGGAGGAGAACAUCAACAAAGACGAUAUGAUAAUUGAGUACGUCGGUGAGCAAGUGAGACAGUCGAUCUCGGAGAUUCGGGAGAAACGUUAUUUGAAGAGCGGUAUGGGUAGCAGUUACCUAUUCCGUAUCGACGAUAACACGGUAAUUGAUGCCACUAAGAAGGGUGGCAUUGCUCGCUUCAUCAAUCACAGCUGUAUGCCCAACUGCACCGCCAAGAUCAUCAAGGUGGACGGAAGCAAGCGAAUCGUCAUCUAUGCCCUCCGUGACAUUGGGCAGCACGAGGAACUGACGUACGAUUACAAGUUCGAGCGUGAAAUCGGCAGUUUGGACCGCAUUCCCUGCCUUUGUGGUACGGCGGCGUGCAAGGGGUUCCUCAACUAA